AUGGCUGCUGAAGUUGUGGCCUCAGCUGUUUGCAAAGCUAUUAAGCCCGUGACUUUGCAAAGCAGGGCUUUUGUGACAUUCCUGGCUGGUAAUGGUGAUUAUGUCAAAGGUGUUGUUGGGCUGGCCAAUGGUUUGAGGAAGGUCAAGACAGCCUAUCCUUUGGUGGUGGCUGUAUUGCCGGACGUACCAGCUGAGCACCGCCGUAUACUAGAGUCCCAAGGGUGCAUCGUCAGAGAGAUAGAACCGGUUUAUCCUCCAGAGAAUCAAACCCAGUUCGCCAUGGCCUAUUAUGUCAUUAAUUACUCCAAGCUUCGUAUAUGGGAGUUUGUGGAGUACAGUAAGAUGAUAUAUUUAGAUGGAGAUAUCCAAGUGUACAGUAACAUAGAUCAUCUGUUUGAUUUGCCCGAUGGUCAUUUCUAUGCGGUAAUGGAUUGUUUUUGUGAGAAAACAUGGAGUCACACGCCACAGUACAAAAUUGGUUACUGUCAACAGUGCCCGGACAAGGUCAAGUGGCCGAUGGAGACGGGUCAGCCACCAUCACUUUACUUCAACGCCGGCAUGUUCGUCUUUGAGCCUAGCCUAUCCACAUAUGCUGAGCUUUUGAGUACCCUCAAAAUUACUACUCCCACUUCUUUUGCCGAACAGGACUUUUUGAACAUGUACUUCAGGGAUAUAUAUAAGCCUAUCCCUCUUGAUUAUAACCUUGUUCUUGCAAUGUUGUGGCGCCAUCCAGAGAACGUGGAGCUUGACAAAGUGAAAGUUGUUCACUAUUGUGCAGCGGGCUCAAAGCCGUGGAGAUAUACGGGUAAAGAAGAGAACAUGCAGAGGGAGGACAUAAAGAUGCUGGUACAGAAAUGGUGGGACAUUUACGAAGAUGAGUCAUUGGAUUACAACAUGGACAUGGGUGUGGCAGCCAAUGCAGGCGUCGCCGAGCCUGUGAUAUUGCAGCCCUUGAUAGCUGCAGCUAUGUCAGAGGCUGGUGCGGUGCAGUACGUGGCCGCACCAUCAGCUGCUUAA